UAAAUAGCACUAAGCCCCGCCCACAGCAGUGGGUCGCUUCGCAUAUAGACUUAGUCUCAUAAUCAUAGUCUCCAGUUUCAGCGUUUAAAUAAAAGUGAAUGAAGAAAAAACCCUCCCAGAACCAGCAUGUUGUCUUUGGCCAUGUCAGGCCAAACUGGAGCCCGACGACUUGUGACUGCGACUCGAGGGAGAUUUAUGAGGGACGGUAGGUGCUUGUUCACCUGUUUGCCAGAACUUGCCUCCAGGACCAGAACCACGGGCCAGUCCUCUUCGCGAUCCUUCUUCAACCAUUACAGAUGCUUUAGUGCCACAGCUGCUAAUUGGAAAGCUUCAUCAGCUACAGCCAAUCAGAAGACACCGUCCUACAGUUACGUCAUUGUUGGGGCAGGGUCAGCGGGCUGCGUCCUGGCUAACCGCCUCACUGAGGAUUCCCACGAGUCUGUGCUGCUGCUGGAGGCUGGGCCGAAGGACAUGUCGCUAGGCAACGUACAGCUCUCAUGGAAGAUCCACAUGCCAUCUGCGUUGACCUACAACCUCUGUGAUGACAAGUAUAACUGGUACUACUACACUUUACCCCAGGCCCACAUGGACAACCGGGUGAUGUACUGGCCGAGGGGCCGCGUCUGGGGCGGGUCCUCUUCACUCAACGCCAUGGUGUACAUCCGCGGACACGCUGAAGACUACAACCGCUGGCAAAGGGAGGGGGCCGAGGGCUGGGAUUACGAACACUGUCUGCCUUACUUUAGGAAAGCUCAGUGUCACGAGCUGGGAGAAAACAGGUACCGGGGAGGCAGCGGACCUCUUCAUGUGUCCAGAGGGAAGACCAACCAUCCCCUUCACAAAGCUUUUAUUGAGGCGGGGCAGCAGGCGGGAUACCCCUUCACGGAUGACAUGAACGGGCAGCAACAGGAAGGCUUGGGCUGGAUGGACAUGACCAUUUAUAAAGGAAAGAGGUGGAGCUCAGCCAGUGCCUACCUGAGACCUGUCCUGAGUCGACCCAACCUGAAGACGGAGGUGCGCUGCCUGACCACCAAGAUCCUGUUUGAUGGCAACCGUGCCGUGGGUGUAGAAUACACACAGAAAGGACAGAAGAAAAGGGUGUUUGCAGAUAAAGAGGUGAUAUUAAGCGGAGGCGCCAUUAACUCCCCUCAGCUUCUCAUGCUGUCCGGGGUGGGAAACGCUGAUGACCUGAAACAACUCGGUAUCUCUGCGGUUCAGCACUUACCAGGUGUUGGCAGUAACCUGCAGGAUCAUUUGGAGUUGUACAUCCAGCAGCAGUGCACUCAGCCCAUCACCCUGUACAAGGCCCAGAAACCUUUCCACAUGGUUAAGAUAGGGCUGGAGUGGCUCACUAUGUUCACUGGUUAUGGAGCAACAUCCCACUUGGAAAGCGGAGGGUUCAUCCGCAGUCGACCACAUGUCACACACCCCGACAUCCAGUUUCACUUCCUGCCCUUUCAGGUCAUCGACCACGGUCGAGUUGCCUCCAAGAUCGAGGCGUAUCAGGUUCAUGUCGGACCAAUGAGGAGCACCAGUACCGGCUGGAUGAAGCUGAAGAGCGCCAACCCUUUGGAUCACCCGAUCCUCCAGCCAAACUACCUCUCCAACGAUGUUGAUGUGUUGGAGUUCAGAGAGUGUGUCAAACUCUCCAGAGAGAUUUUUACCCAGAAGGCCUUUGAUCCGUUCCGUGGCCCCGAAGUCCAGCCCGGUCCCGAGGUCCAAUCCGACGCCGACAUCGACGCUUUUGUUCGCCGAAAAGCUGACAGCGCUUACCACCCGUCCUGCACCUGCAAGAUGGGCUCGCCAUCCGACCCGAUGGCGGUCGUCGACUCCAGUGCGCGUGUCCUGGGGCUCGAGCGGCUGCGUGUGGUCGACGCCUCUAUCAUGCCCAGCGUCGUCAGCGGCAACCUGAACUCCCCGACCAUCAUGAUGGCGGAGAAGGCUGCUGACAUCAUCAGAGGCCGCCCUCCUCUCGUUGACCGCGGGGUUCCCGUCUACCGACCUCCGACUCUCAACACGCAGCGAUGAACAGAGGGAACGAGCUAAAGGUUAAACAGUUCACAACACUGUGAUCAGCUUCUUCUGUGUUUGAUCAGGAGCUGAUAAAUUUGCCCGUGAUCUGAUAUUAUACAUGAAUAGUGUUGUGUUGUCUUAACACACCUGAUUUACACACACAAGGUAACAUUUCAGUUUUAAAUGUGUAGUCACAGGCUAACAACAAUUAUGAAGGGCUUAUCUACGCUUUUUUAAUUAUAAUCCAUAAUGAUAUGUUGAUUUUAGCUGUUUACAUGUGAAAUUCAGUUUUACAGUAUUGCACUUGGUGUCCUGACAAGGAAACAGUGGCUCUGUCACUUCCUUAUGUUUUCAUGAUUUUAGUGUCCAUUCUAAAUUACAGAUGUCUUUAUUAACGUUAAAGCCAGUGUGAUGAACAACCUUCCUGCCUCAUUGUUAUGACAUGAAGUCCAAACGCACUGAAAACUUCGGCCGCAGGCGUUUUGAAGAACACCUACUGUUUUAAAAGGCCAAGCACGCAACAAAAGCGCUGUGUGUGUCAAAAUGCGUCAAUUUGGAGCGUCAAAUGAGGACCCAGCGACUAAAGCUGUUUUUGUUUGUUUGAAGAGAGAUAAAACACUACUACUGUUGCUUUCACUGGUUAAAAUGACAAACGUCACAUCAGCUGUCACUACUUAACGUAAAUUCCGUUUGUAACUUGAUGGCCAGUUGGUGUGCUCUCUGCAGGAGGUCUGUACUCAGAUUAUUUAUGAGCUAAGAGAAGCUUCAAUGUGUAACACCACUGUACAACUGAGUGGACUGCGUGUUUUUGUAGUACGAACGACUUCAACAGAGUGAUGCCUCCUCCGUCUAGCGGAUAAUAAUGAUGCUGAGCAAUUGCAACCGCACUGUGAACCGAGUGGAGAAUUGCUUUCCGGAACAUUUGACAGGCUGACAACCGUGCCCGUGUAAAUUUCAAGAUAUUCCACCCCCCUCACUGUCGCGUCUGUGCCUCAGCGGAAAGAUUUUAUCAGCAGGAGCAAUUGCAAUCAGAUGAAGCUAAUUUGGAACAGGUGUUGGGCAACAGCAGACUCAACAGGACUGGACUUGAAAUAAUUAAGUAUUACAGCUCACAUCUUUUAGUUGCCUUUUGGUUUAAGAUAGUCUGGCAGCUGUUUAAUAUAAGUAGCAAUACAUGCAAAUAAUAACUCAGCAUAUCUGGCUAGUGUGGUGCUGAAAUAAUCUAUAAUGUAGCAUAUACUCACAAAAAAGCUGUCAAUGUCACUUGUGUUUAUACAUUUUUUCGUAGCGUGGAUGUUUACAAAGAAGCUUUUGAAGAGUAUUGUGUUUAACUGGUCAGAUUGUACCACCUGUGCCUGUAACAUCAUUGUGUUCUGACGUCAGAGUGAAUUACUGCAGUAUGUUAAUGACGAAGUGUGUUCGUUCAGUCCAGCCAGGACCGAUACACAUUGGUGUUGAGUACAUUUAACAGCCUCUGACCAAUCUUUGAUUUAAAUUAAAUUAACAUGUUUUUACUAUCAACACUAAUAUAUGCAAGUGCUAGAAUGAAUUCAAAUUGUGUCUUGUUGAGCUUUGCACUACUCUAUUAAGUAUCUUCAUUACAGUGACAAUUACUGUUUGCAUUAUAUGCAGUGCUAUAUUACAUGAAUGUUUGAAUUAUUUGUGUCCUAAUGAAGGAGCAACACUUUGAUUGUAAAGGGAAAAUGAUCGUGGAACUUCUUACAGUCUUUAUGUAUUUUAUUGUUCUUGUGUUAAUUGUAAACAAACACUGGAAACUGUCCUGACCUUGUCCUCGCGACUUUAUUCAGUGAGCCUUACAAAAGUUCUCAGCAAGUUCAUUGCCAAGAAUUCAAAUGUACAAAACAGGGUUUUUGUUUUCCAUUGGUACAAAAUCUAUAAGGAACUAGUACUUGUGCUACAGAGUAGAUAAGAGUUAUAUUUCUUUGAUUUCCGUACGACUAAAGGGUAGAAAGCAGAAAUCUUCACUUUUUACAAACACUAUACAGAUAUUAUACAUUGUUAUCAUUUCAUAGACAUCUGUUAAGCAGUGGAACGGUACGAAAAAAAUAAAGCUGUCAGUUGCACUGUUAAA